AUGGUUUCACAGCCGCUGAAUAUCUUCGAGAAAUCAGACCUAACGAGAGAAAAUGGCGCGGGGAUAACCCUUUCGCCAAACUGCACUACUCUGCUCAAGCGAUUCGACGUCGACCUCAAGUCUGCUGGCGGAACAGAACUUCGGAAGGGUUGCUUCAUUACUCCCACGGGAGAGGUUUUAUUCGAGGCGGACUACGAGAAAGUCAAAAAUGCUACACAGGCGGAUUACUUUUGUAUACGUCGAGUGGACUUACACAACGAACUCAGGCGGAAGGCCACGGCAGCUGACGGCAAGGGGCCUCCUGUCCAGCUGAGUACGGGGUGCACGGUGUCUCAAGUUGACUGCGACAGGGGCAUCGUGACGCUGGCCGAUGGCCAGCAGAAGUAUGGAGACGUCGUCGUGGUUGCUGACGGCAGUCAUUCCAAGAUCAGGAAAGAUGUCACAGGCUGUGAAAUUCAACCAAUCCACACGGAGAAAAGCUGCUACCGUUGUUUCGCCUCUAUCGCUGACAUCAAGAGCGAUCCGGAGACUGCAAGGCUUGUGGAGGCAUCGGGAACCAUGACCGAGAUCAUAGGCGAUGAUCGGAGGAUCACAUUUUAUCCAUGUUCCAACGAGUCCAUGUAUGUCGGUGCAUUCUUGCCCACUUCAGAAGUCGGGCCGACACAAGAAGGCAAAGGCUGGGGCCGCUCGGGGAAUAAGGCGGACCUUCUUGCUUCUUUCUCCGACUUUCCACUUCCCAUGCGACAACUGUUGGCCAAAGCCCCAGAACAUGGUAUCAAAGUAUGGGAUCUGUUUGAUUGCCCGGAGAUUGAGGAGUGGACCAAGGGUAGAGCCGCGCUUAUCGGUGACGCUGCUCAUCCAUUUCUUCCCUACAUGGGCCAGGGCGGCGCGAUGGCGAUUGAGGAUGCAGCUUCAAUUGCUGUACUGCUCCCAAUGGGGGCCACUGCUGCUGAAGUGCCUGCGCGCUUGGAGCUUUUUCAGAGAUGCAGAAGCGAACGAGUGCACAAUUGUCUCAGGAUGACUCGACUACGGGGGCGGGACCUUUCAGGAAAGCAGGGCCAGCUCCCUACAGGUCGCGAAAUGGCCGAAUUCGCCAAGUAUUGCCUUGACCACGAUGAAUGGGAGCAUUCUUCGGCUAUUUUAGGGGGUAUUUGGUGGGAAUAA